AGAUCAGAAAAUGGCACCUGCUCCCGAGCUAGCAUCGAAGGAAUUUACGAAAGUUGUGGAUGCAUUAUGGGAAAAAAGCAAAGAAGACUACAUCGAAUCACCGGAAAAUUUUUUUGCAGACAUAAACAAAAUCUACGAAGAUAAGAAACUCUUCGUAUGUAUGCAUUCUUCGGAAGUUUUACCUGGUUACCUGGUCUCCGCGCGAUGCAUGGUCCAAAACACUUUAGCGCCAGAAUACUUUCCUCUUUCCUGCACAAUUUCGGAUGGAAACGAAAAGAAAGAAACUACCGGUUGUCUCAGGGAUUACUUUGGAGAGGACAUCAAGGAGAUCAUCGAUCAUGGGACGCAUGGCUGCCGAAAUGUGUACAAAAUGGUUAUGGUACCGGGAGCUAGUGAUUGGUGGAUUAAUGAGUUCAGUGAAAGUCACACCACAGCUCUAUGUAGGGAAGAAGAUGCCAUGGACACCAACUCUUCAAUACCAACUCCUACAAAAGUUUCCGAGUUCAUAGCAAAGAUCUUUGAUGGCAGCACACCUGAGCUCAAACCCAACACCGUUGUAGAUAUAUACGGCUAUCUGUCAACUCCUGUUCAUGAACAAACUGAGAGUCAAGAAGAGGUAACAGCUUCUAAGCACUACAAUGUUCAUGUCCUUCGUGUUGAGGAAGUUUCUCACACCCAACGGCCAACCCUAGAUGCCUUAACCAUCUCUGAUCCCACCUCACUCCGCUCCGAACUCACCAAGGAAAUCUCCACAAUCCUUGGUAGCUCGGCUGCUGCCGAUACCUUUGUCAACUUUCUGGUGUCUACAACGUACUCCCGUCCUGGAGGCACGCCACUGUGUUUUUUUCCGCUCAAUGUUGCUGGAGUGAAAGACGCUCAAUCGUCAAAAUCGAUUAUUGAGAUGGUUCAGCGUUUAAUGCCAAAGGUUAAAGUCCUUACCUUGUCGUCUGACUUGCUAUGCAAGAAACGCUUCGCCCCUGUAAAAAACUACGAUGCGGAUGAGCUUCUACAGGGAGAGCUGCAGCUGAGUAAUGGUACAGUGCUCAUCAUUGACGAAACUCAGCUUCCCAAAGGCUCUUUCCCCGUCAGUGGAUUCGUUGAAGAAAACUUAAAAGUGUUAGAAGAUCUCAUUGUUGACCACAGAAUGCAAUACGACUACGGAUUCUACAAGAUAGCUAUGGAUGUCGAUUACAACGUCUUGAUAUUGUCGGAGAAAGAAUCGAGAUUCUUUAAAACUCCCUUUCGAAUUCCGUUCCAAUCAAACUCAGCUGAGGCAAAGCUUGAUCCCAAAAAUAUUGUGCAGAAACGGCAUUUUAUCCAACAAAGCCGUAGCAGUGUGAGUACGAUAUCGCUUUCAGACGAAGUGUCCAAGAAAAUACAAGAUAAUUUCGUCACGCUAUGCUCCACGCUUGAUAAGAAGAUAGAUAAAGCUGCGUAUCUGAAUGAAAUGCUCAUCAUGUCAAGGCUUGUUGCAUCUUCUAGUGGAAGUAAAACUGUGGAGUUUGAGCACUGGGAGCAUGCUGUGCGCAUGUCGGCAGCGAAUACUUCAGCAAUGUCAUCGUGGAGAUCUCAACAUGUGUGAUUUGUGUCCGUGCCAUUAUUGUAACUUUCCCGAUGAAGCUUUUGAAUCACCGUAGCAAG